AUGACUUCAGGCGCUAUGGAUGUGGAUGCGCUCCUCGAGGAGGCUGCCCGCGACGUCGAAAAAACCCGCGAGCAGCACGCUAAUGACGAGGCCCGCGACUCAGAUUCGCGCAGGGAUGACCGACACAGCGACCGCCGGGACCGCCACGGUGACCGCCGCGACCGCAGCCGGGAUCGUGGUGACCGCCGAGGUGAUAGACGCCGAAGCCGCGACCGCGAUCACCGCCGACGAGAUGACAGCCGGCCUCGCUCGAGCAGAGGUGACGGUGACGACAAACCUCGACGAAGCAGCUCCCGUGAUAGAUUCCGCGGAGGACGAAGGGACCGAGGCGGUGACUAUUACAGCGGUGGAGGACGCGCUCGUUCGCGCUCCCCGCGUGGUGACAGGCCCCGCCGUGAACGGGAAAGAUCUGGUGAACGCCGCACUGGUGAUGAGCGCAAAGGAGCCCGCCGUGAGAAGACUGCCACCCCCGAAGCUACAGAAGACGAUCGUGAUAAGCGCACUAUCUUCGUGCAGCAGAUUUCCCAGCGUGCAGAGACACGCCACCUCCGCUCGUUUUUCGAAGCUGUCGGACCCGUCGUCGAGGCGCAGAUUGUAAAGGACCGAGUCACUGGUCGCUCAAAGGGCGUUGGCUAUGUUGAGUUCAAGGAGGAAGAGUCUGUUGCCAAGGCUCUGGAGCUGACUGGACAGAAGCUGAAAGGUGUCCCCAUUAUUGCGCAGCUCACAGAAGCUGAGAAGAACCGCGCUGCCCGACCAUCUGAGGGAGGUGCUGCGCCAGGCGCCAACGGCGCUCCUUUCCACCGUCUCUACGUUGGCAACAUUCACUUCAGCGUCACCGAAAAGGACUUGCAAGAGAUCUUUGAGCCCUAUGGUGAGCUUGAGCAGGUCAUCCUCCAGCGUGACGAGAUGAACCCCGGCAGAUCGAAGGGCUACGGCUUCGUUCAAUUUGUUGACCCAAGUAAUGCUAAAGACGCACUAGCAGAAAUGAACGGUUUUGAGCUCGCUGGCCGCCAAAUUCGAGUCGGUCUCGGCAACGACAAGUUUACACCAGAGUCGACAGCCACUUUGCUGCGAACCUUCAACCAGCAGGCGCAAAGCUAUCAGGGCUCUGCGUUCAGCGGUGCUGGUGGCCGUGGCGCAUACGCUGGUGGAUCUGGUGGUGUCUUCGAUCGCACCCACAGCAAGGAUGACCGCGGUGUCAGCGGCGCUUCCGCUCUUGACGACACCGACGUUGCAGGAGUCAACUUCAAGACUUACGAUCGUUCCAAGCUAAUGGACGCGCUAGCCCGUCGUGAUCCGGCGGAGCCCGCCAAGCAAGGUGCUGCACCCGUUGUCAGCAAGCCUCGCGCCCCCGUUGUCGACAAGCCUAUGGCUUCGAAGUGCAUCAAGAUCGAGAAUGCUUUCGACGCUGACGAGGAGCAGAAGAAUUGGGGCAACAGCUGGGUCAAGGACCUCGAAAGCGAAGUCAAGAUCGAGUGUGAUAAGAAGUACGGCAAGGUCGUCCACAUCGCUGUCGACCCGAACACAGAAGGCGAUAUCUACGUCAAGUUCGACUCAGUCUCUGGUGGUGAGAAAGCUUUGCAGGGUCUUAACGGUCGCAGUUUCAACCACCGCACGAUUAUGGCCUCAUUCAGCGGCAUCCUCGACACUGAAGGCGGUGGGUCCUUGAAGAGAAGGUUCGCGACUACAAAUAGGACGGAUGAGUCAUUUCACGCGUUCUAUAGUGAUCACCUACGUGCUACCCUGCAUUCCAGGAACAUAAAUGCCGUUGCCAACCAGGGCGAAUUCUCCGGCCGCGUUGAGCCCAGCGAGCCCCUUAUGGCUGGCAGAGUCCUCCCUGCCGAUACAGCGCCCAAGGAAUCUGCGUCCACACCAAACCCGGACAUCAACAAUCAGAGGACUUUCACCAGCGCCUCAUCAACAUUGGUCGGCGCCGAUUCGGGCUCCGUAGAAAGGGGUCUCGGUCGCCCAGGCCAGGUUCAGUCGAGCUGUGAGCUCCACGACAACUCAACGCUCAGCGGUGGAAGUGGUGGUUUUGCUGCACUGACGGAGGACCAUGGCCAGGGCAACGUUGCGGAUCUCAAGGAUGAUGCCACACAUACUGAGCAGAAGAAAUUGAACGAGCCUGGAGCGGGCACAUGGAGUAAUACUGGGGGCCUUGCAGGGCAGGUGAGAGAGCUUGAGCAGGCUGGGUAA